AUGCGCCUGGUGAGUCUGAUGGCACACGUCAUGGAUUUCAAUCUAGACAGCCAUCCGGGAACCGCUGGUUUAGCUCGUGGGGCAUCAUGCCCGCCAGACUUCAUCCAGGGCGACGCCGACUGGGCCGUCUCGGCGGCCAAGGAGUUUCCAGCGGAGGAGCCCGCUCCGGCGGGCAUCGCCGACUGGACCACCCCGUCGGACCCGCGCCGCAAGAACGGGCGCAAGGGCGCACGUCCGCCCCGAUCUGCCGCGUCAAGAACAUCUCCCCAGUUCGGCGGCAGCAACGGGUUCGGAUGCCUGCUCGGAACGGACGGCAACGAGGGCAUCCUCGGUGGCAAAGGCAAGGCGACCGGCGGCUCCACGCCGUCGACAACAGACUCGGGUGCGACGGUCGACGUCGAGACGACCACGAUUACCACGCUGGAGGGCUCCGUCUCUGCCUCCGGCCGGUUCCCGUGGUCAAAGUCCUACAGCUUGCUCCGCCUCUUUAGCAUCCUCGCGCUGUUCUGCCUCGGAGCCGCGUUUGCGCACUCCUCGUACUCUGCCACCGCCGCGCUUCUCUCCUCGCAGCGGUACGACUGGCCGUGGCCGCGAGCGGCUGCAGCGCCGCCUCCACCCACGCCGUUGCUUCACUUGGCCGCGAGCGCGAAUGAACUUCCGAAGGAGCAGCCCGAAGGCGAGCCGUACCAUAAAGACGCUCGGACAGUGCAUAACCAGUACGCCGACGGCUGCCGCUACGUCUUCCUUGACGUGGGCUCAAACAUCGGCAACCACGUGCGGUUCCUCUACGAAGCGGAGAAAUUUCCGGGAAGCUCAUACGCCAAAAUAUUCAACGAGACCUUCCCGGUUAAUCGAGGGAGGCCGGAUGUGUGCGCGUUCGGAUGGGAGGCAAACUCGGCGCACGUGCCGUGGCUAAACCGUCUCCAGCAGGCGUACAAGCAGCAAGGAUGGCUCGCGCACUGGUUUGCUCCCGUGGCGGUGGCAGACAAGGAUGGCACCAUUGAAUUCUGGCACGUGAACGAUACGUACGACAAGAGCCACAACGAGUGGAGCUACUCGAUGCGACAUCUUGGCGCAGGGUUCAAGGAGGUCGUCCGUGCCAUGGAUUUGGCUCGGUGGAUCAACGCGCAUGUGCAUCGCCGACGCGUGCCCGACGCGAUCCGUGAGGACGACCCGCCCCCAGCUGUGGUGAUGAAGAUGGACAUUGAGGGCUCCGAGUUCUCCGUCCUGCCCAGCCUAUUGGCCACCGGCGCAAUGUGCUCCAUCUCCUAUUUGACCGUCGAGUACCAUUGCGCCGAUACCUCCGACCUCGAGACUUCGGCCAUGGCGCUGCCAAAGUCGGACCUCACAAGAUACCUUACCGACAACAUUCGAAGGCCAGCCCGGCGCCACUUCCCCCAGCGAGCGCAUUAUCGACAGGACGCGCAUGAGCGCCCGGCCCAGCGCACGUGA